AAACCGGAUCUUGGUGAAAUCUUAUCAGCUAGAAAACGGAGUCAGGCUGAGGUGUUUUACGGCCUGCGCUUUUGGUAACCCCUCUUUAUUUCUGUUCUCCUCUCCACUUCGCCUCAGGAGCUAAAAGUCACCUGGGAGCGGCGUCGGACCGUGGAUGGCCUUGACUGAUCGCGGCUGGAGCCUACCGAAGCGCUUUGGGGCCGCGACUGCGGACGCCGGCGACUCCGGAACAUUUCCAGCGCGGGAGCCCUCCACGCCGCCUUCCCCCAUCUCCUCCUCGUCCUCCUGCUGCUCCCGGGGAGGGGAGCGCGGCCCCGGCGGCGCCAGCAACUGCAGGACGCCGCAGCUCGACACGGAGGCGGCGGCAGGACCCCCGGCCCGCUCGCUGCUUCUCAGCCCUUACGCCUCGCAUCCCUUCGGGGCUCCCCACGGACCUUCGGCGCCCGGGGUCGCUGGCCCCGGGAGCGCCCUGUCGAGCUGGGAAGACCUGCUACUCUUCACUGACCUGGACCAGGCCGCGACGGCCAGCAAGCUGCUGUGGUCCAGCCGCGGCGCCAAGCUGAGCCCCUUCGCACCCGAGCAGCCGGAGGAGAUGUACCAGACCCUCGCCGCUCUCUCCAGCCAGGGCCCGGGCGCCUACGACGGAGCUCCCGGCGGCUUCGUGCACUCGGCAGCCGCUGCAGCCGCAGCCGCAGCCGCAGCCAGCUCCCCGGUCUAUGUGCCUACCACCCGCGUAGGGUCCAUGCUACCGGGCCUGCCGUACCUGCAGGGGGCAGGCAGCGGGCCGGCCAACCAUGCGGGUGGCGCGGGCGCUCAUCCCGGGUGGCCCCAGGCUUCGACUGACAGCCCCCCCUACGGCAGCGGUAGCAGCGCGCCCGGCGGCGGGGCCGCAGGGUCCGGCAGCGCUGGCUCUGCGGCGGCGCACGUUUCAGCGCGCUUCCCCUACUCUCCCAGUCCGCCCAUGGCCAACGGCGCGGCGCGGGAGCCUGGGGGCUACGCAGCGGCCGGCGGCGGCGGCGCGGGUGGCGCGGGAGCUGUGAGCAGCGGCGGCGGCGGGAGCCUGGCGGCCAUGGGCGGCCGUGAGCACCAGUACAGCUCGCUGUCGGCUGCGCGACCGCUGAAUGGGACGUACCACCAUCACCACCACCACCACCCGAGCCCCUACUCACCCUACAUGGGUGCGCCGCUGACGCCCGCCUGGCCUGCCGGACCUUUUGAGACCCCGGUUCUGCACAGCUUGCAGAGCCGCGCGGGAGCUCCGCUCUCCAUGCCCCGGGGUCCCAGCACAGACUUGCUGGAGGACCUGCCCGAGAGUCGGGAGUGCGUGAACUGCGGCUCCAUCCAGACGCCGCUGUGGCGGCGGGACGGCACCGGGCACUACCUGUGCAACGCCUGCGGCCUCUACAGCAAGAUGAACGGCCUCAGCCGGCCCCUCAUCAAGCCACCGAAACGCGCGCCUGCAUCUCGGAGGCUCGGAUUGUCCUGUGCCAAUUGUCACACCACAACCACCACCUUGUGGCGCAGAAACGCUGAAGGUGAACCUGUGUGCAAUGCUUGUGGACUCUACAUGAAACUCCAUGGGGUGCCUCGGCCGCUUGCUAUGAAAAAGGAGGGAAUUCAAACCAGGAAACGAAAACCAAAGAACAUAAAUAAGUCAAAGGCUUGCUCUGGUAAUAGCAAUAAUUCAGUUUCUAUGACUCCAACUUCCACCUCCUCUAACUCAGACGAUUGCAGCAAAAAUACUUCGCCUACAACACAACCAACAGCCUCAGGGGCAGGUGCCUCCUCAGUGAUGUCUGGCCCAGGAGAGAGCACGAAUCCCGAGAACAGCGAACUCAAGUACUCAGCUCAGGACGGGUUGUACAUAGGAGUCAGUCUGGCAUCCCCGGCGGAAGUGACGUCCUCUGUGAGACAGGAUUCUUGGUGUGCUCUGGCUCUGGCAUGAGCCCGUGGUGAAAGGAAGUUGAGAGAGUCCACCACGGUUCUCAGACGACUUUUGU